AAGAUCAAAGCACGCAUAGGUACUUUACCUACUCUGACACCCACACGGCUGCGCCACGUCGUUGGCUGUGUCGGUGUUGCGGUGCACACUGAUGUAGACGGUGUAACACUAAUAAAAGUAUAAUAAAUGUUACCAAGACACAAGCACAGCGUACGGUACUAUUUGUCUGGAGGGAGGUUGGAGGCACUCGUACAAACGCCGGAGAGGCUGUGUUGUCACGACCCGCCAGUUUACCGUUGCGAGGCGCGUUGUGCGGCCAGACGCAGGAACGCCACCCGCGCGCCGCCGGCACCCCAAAGCUCUUCGCCGCUGCCUACGCUGAAAACCCUGGACUCUGGACUGUUUUCCGGGGUUGCAAGGACUCUAUCUAUACAUUGUGCAUCGAAGGGGUGUUCAUGAACUAAUGAUAUUGAUACUUGUUCUCUAACAUAGAGACGAAGUGCUACAACUCGUGCUUAUUUCACUGGAGUGUUAAUCCGAUUUCUUAUUGUUUAUUGGAUCGUUUGUUCUUCGGUGAAGAUACACCCGUGUGCAGCCAUCUUUAGACUGCAAUUUUAAAAUUGAAGAUAGUUCCGGAAUCAAGACAAAGGACUUCACUACAGCCAUGGCAAAGAUAUUUACUUAUAUCGUCUUUGUAAAUGCGAACUUAGUAAACUGAGUUCUUGAGAUAGAGAAGAAAGGGUUGGGGUGAAUAAUGGGAAAAAGGAACGUACGGAUCAAAUUCGCACACUCCAUUGGUCCACCGCUUGACUCGAGUACGUUGGGCACGUCCGAGUAGCGCCCCAGCCCACACUUCGCACACCUGCACAAUCAGUUACCGACGCUCUAGCGACUGCCAAUAAAGUACAAGUCAUAUCGGGUUUAAUUCACUUAUUUAAAUUUAGAUUUAUUUACCGUAGUACAAAAACAAACAGAAUACAAACACGACAACAUUUUACUCGAUGUAACAGAACUGAUAAUAAAACGAACCGAGUAGUCGUCCUCGGUUAUUAAAUUGAAACGGUAGUCAUGACGGCCACUGCCCCAGAACUGUCAAAAUCUGAUUUCUUUGAUUUCGUGACGUCUAAUGAAGUUACAGAUGCUCAGUAUAAGCAACAGAUGCGUUCUGUGAACGUGUUCAUGGAAUCACCAGAUUCGAGGUCAAAUCCUUUGCUCUCAGAAGAGCCCAAGGAGCAGAAUAAUAAUAAUUUAUUAAGCGUUACUGGUUCUCAAGUUGCCUCUAAUAAUAACAUGGCUACCGCAACUACUUCCACAACUCUUCAAAGUUUUGACUCAAUUUGGAAUGUUGAUCGUGACCGCGAUCGCUUAGAUACUGCCAUGCUAGAAGAUCUCAACAAGUUUUAUUGGAAUCAAGACAACGAAAUAAAUGGCACACACCCUUGUACAGACACCACAAUUUCUAAUAAACUUAUCAGUAAUACAGAUGGACAAAUUUACACCUUAACAGUUCUUAAUCAAGACAUUAAUGAAUCAAGUACGAAUCGUUACUGGCCGAAAGAAGAAGAUGUUUCCAUGUCUAGUCCUACUGACAUGGAACAACCUUCUUCUCUAGAUCUUGAAUCAAUUUUAAAUAUGAAUGGAUUUUCUAACGAUUUUAAUCAAGAUUUACCGAAAGUUGAUGAAUUUACUUAUGAAGAUGGAGACUCAGAAAGUCAAAAUACAGAUAUGACCUCAAGUAAUCUAGUAAAAGUAGAGCCAUACUCAUAUGAAGAUAAUGAUUUCCAAACCAGUGAUAAAAAAGAUGAAAAUUUAAAUACAAUUGUCAGCAAUGCUACAAUUUUAGAAACACAAGAUGAAUUCAAUAAUAAUAAUAAUGAUUGGAAAUUAACAGAUCAUAACACAGAGUCAAAUGAAUCUUUGUUAAGGAGUGCGUUACAAGGGAAGGCUUUUAUUAGAUAUAGCACUAUACAAAAGAAUGCUAUAAAACUUGAGCCUAGUACAGAGUUAAAAAGAUUAAUAAUAAACAAUAACAAUAAAGCUGAUGUACCAUCGAUGUAUCAAGACAACAAAGAUACAGACCCAGCAUUACUAAUGGCAAUUGGACCACCAAAUGGAAAUGUAAAUAUUUCGAUAUUAUUAGAAGACACCAAUGCGACAGUUAUCACUAAUGGUGAAAAUCCAUCAUCAACGCAAAGUGUCGAUGAUAUUAUACUGUCACAAUUAGAUAACAAUUAUCCAGAGGACUAUGAAAAGUUAAAACGGAUAGCGACAGAACUUGGAGAAUCAAUACAACCAUAUUAUACUGUAGAACCCAUCGACCCAACCCGUAAUGUAUACAACAUACAACAUAUAAACGGUGAAUUAGUUACGAUUCCUGCCAGUGAAGUUCAACUACCACAACACUUGCAAAUCGUGACCGCAUCGCCGACUGUUACUAGCACAAAAACAACGAGCAAAAAGUAUAAAAGAAUACCGAAUAAGAAUUCGCCACCAACAACUCAAACGCAGUCCGGCACAGCUAUUCAAGCAGCCACGUCGACAUCGAAUGGUGUUAGAAAGGAAAGGUCCCUCCAUUACUGCUCAAUUUGUUCAAAAGGGUUCAAAGAUAAAUACUCUGUGAACGUACACGUGAGGACGCACACGGGAGAGAAACCGUUUUCGUGUUCACUUUGUGGCAAAAGCUUUCGACAAAAAGCACACCUUGCAAAACACUAUCAGACGCAUAUCGCGCAGAAGAGUGCCGCAGCCAAUGGCACCGUCAAACCUAACAAGCAGAGGUAACCGCACCGACCGCCGCCACAUUUCGGUCAUUCACAUUCAUAGUCAAUUGAACUUUAUCACAGUGAUAAUCAAUGUAAUAAUUAUAUAAUUGAAUACCUAAAGGCUGAAAUAUCACACAUGAAUUUGGUAAGGUGCUAAUUAAUGUAGUAGUUGUAGAGAAAUAAGGCAGUUUUAAAAGAAAAAUUCGAAAGUUCUUGAACAUUGUCUUAAUUGUUAAUUUGUAUGUAAAUCCGUCCGUUACCGAAUACUUUUUAGCUUUAGCUAAGUAUAUAGGUAGUUUUAUAUAUAUAUGAGAUUAUGAUAAAGUUUACAUUCCAUAUUUAUUAGUCAUGUUAUGUUAAUUAAAUCUAAAGUCAAACGUAUUUCUACGCAUUUGUAAACUAUAUAUCGUUCCUGAGAAAAUAUUAAAUAAUCCGAUAUCUAACAGCAGCCAUACACAUUUAUAUUUUGUAUCAAUUAUACUUACAAGCUAUCUGGGCUCAUACUGAUAUCAAUAGUGAAAUGAAAAAAGUCAUCAGAUAAAUUCCGCCGACAAUGAUGAGCAACGUUGGGAUUACAGCUCGCCGCCGCCGUAAUUUCUCCCGCAGCGCGACCGACUAAACUUUCUAAAAAAUAAAAUAAAAAACAGAGUAAAAGAACGAGCAUUCAGUACCUACCAUCUUUCACCGCUCGACUAUCGCAUCUCUAUAUAGUGUUGCUCGCUGUUUUGGUCGUUAUUUUUUUUCAAUGCUCGGCUCAUGUAUUGCGUACUUACUCACUAUCGUUUUCGACAGUAUACCUACUGGCAUGCUAAUAACCGUCGUUACGUAAUAAGUUUUAAUAAUAUUGAGUACCUUGUAAUGCGAUAGAUUAUUAAAUUAAAAAUGAUUAUUGGCAUUAGCUUCGUCUUUGAAAGAACAAAUAGAUAAUUAUUUAGCCAUUCCAUCCAUAUCGGUCAAGACAGUGAACGGUUCUCAUUUCCAAUAUUACAUCUUUCUCCUCAUACUAGGAGAGGCCUGAUUGCUUCCAGAUUGCUAUAAAUUAGAAACACAAGUGCUGUUCCAAUAAUAGUCUUUAAAAUUGUGCUCCCUUUCUCGUCUAAUAAAUUGGCCUUUCUUUGUUCAGCCCGUGUACUACACAAUGCUUCGUCUUAAAUUGUUUACACAAAGUAAUAGAGGUCUGAUAACGUUUUCCUAUAAUAAUAUCAAGUUGUCGGCAAUCUACAAUCAAAAACAUGAAGGUGUCCAUUAUUAGUAAAAGUAGUAAAUUGCUACAUAUUAUAGACACUCCGUUUUAAUUCAUUUCACUAUCGUUUUCAGCCACAGAUAAUGUAAUGAUUUUUAAACAACGAGCUUUCACAGUUUCUAGUAAUUUAAAGAUUAUUAUCAUCUAUUCACAAUUCCAAAUCUAUUUAAUCUGCGCAUAACAGCAAAACGACUAACAUUAUAUAAAAUUUUCUGUUCAUUAAUAGAUUACACAGCAUAUAAUUUUAUAAAAAAGUAAAAUGAAUUUGAUUCGAUUCGACCUCCAUAGCAGGAAACUAAGUCUUUUUAAUGAGUAUUGAGUCGUGACACAGCACGUUGUGUGCGGGCGACGCGGGCGUCGGGCGUCGGGGCGCUAUUUGGCGCCGCGACUCCGAAACUCGACAUCGCACUCUGCCGCACCACGAUACCACGUUGCAAUAACUGCUGCUUUCUUUAAAUAAACAUAAUACUCAAUCUAAUCUUUUAAUUUUUGUUACGAUAUUUAUUGACAUUUUUAUGUCACGCAAUCGUAUUAAGUUCAGGUAGUUUUUCUCAGUACAAUAAAAUUAAUUAAUAUAGGCAGUGUGUAUAAAGCGUAGUAAAUACAAUCGUCAGUUGCAACAAAUAAAAUAAGCAUUAGGCGAUAAGGUCAAAUCGGUCAACAAUAAGCUUCGACCUCCGCACGUCACAACCACGUCCGCUAGCCGGUUGGUAUCACACAUUGGCGGGCCCGCAAUGUUGUUCAGGCACGACACGCGACCUAGCACGUUUCUUAUAAACUAUUUCAUUAAGUUUGAGGCCGCUAAAUAAAGUAAUUAAAUACAUCGACCCUAGAUAUUUAUCAUUUUUGUUUAAAUAAUCAUACACUGCGUUAUCGUAAUAUGUUUUAUAUACCGUUCAAGUUUUAAUAGAACUUUAUUGAUGUUAAAACAUUAAAAUUUUACUUUUAAAUUUAAUUUAAUAUUCAACAAAAUUAUUACGAAAAAUAACUGUAAAACAUUAAGGUCCACUCUUUGAUAGUUUAUCUACAACUCUAAUACCUAUUAUUAGUAUAUUAAAGAUGCUAGUACUGGAUCUCGUUAUAUGUAUAUAAUAUCUUGACAGAUUAACGUGAAUUUUAUGAUAACAUAGAUUAUAUUGACUGAAGUGGGUUUUAAGUAAAUACUUAUAUUUUACAUAUUUACUGUAACAUGAUGAUAUAAAAUUUGUUUUAUUCUCGUUUUAUCGAGAAUAGAGUAUUCUUUGUGCAAUUACGAUUUCUCCUUACUUUGUAUCUUGCCAAUAGAGAGAAAAAAUUGAUAGAAUAAAUAUAGAUGUAACUAAACACUGCCUAUAUCUACCACUUUCAGAUGUCUAUCAUAAAAAAUGUGUAUAUUAAUAAUAGUAUUGACAUAGAACUAGAACCAGAAUACAUUUAUUAUUAAUUUGACGUUCAAAUCUUAUUUUUGUACUGUCUGUAUAAAUAAUUGAUUUACCAUAUGAAAAAAUCAACCAAAUUAUUAUAAAUUAUGUAUUUACUUACCUGCUGCCGUUACUUGCGAUGACAUAAUCAUGCUGCAACAUCUGUAACUAAGAAAAUAUUAAGUAUUUAAUACACUCUAAUAUAGUUAAACAUAUGAUACUCUCAUUUUAUUUUAUUUUUUUUUAUAUUACUAAAAAUAUACUUAUAAACAUAAUGAAAUUUAUGUACAAACAUUGCUAGAGUCUGUAAUUUUAAUAAUGCACAUGAAAAAAUUUCGUUUAACUUUUUUAUUGCAGACAAUAAUGUUAAAUUAGGGCAUAUUGUAUUAUUCAGCAAUAUUUUGAUGUAUGUAAAUCACAACAUCUUCCAAUACGUUAAUAUUAUCUAUUUUAAAUUCACUUUCUCUGUACAUUCCUCUAUGUAUUGUAUAUAUUUAUAUUUUCUUUUGUUACAUAUGUGCGUAUUGAUAGUAUACAAAUUGACGUCAGAUAUUUUUUAUUUUAGGAGAACUUAUAGUUGCUAAAUCAGAGAAUAUACUGUUAACAAUACUCAUUAAUUGUAUAAUAGUAAUAAAUGACUUAUGAAAACAAUAAUUUGUGAAGUAAAUUUUAUAUACUCUACCACUCGUAUCUCAUUAGAUGGUAUUUUGAAAAGAUAGCGAAUUUAUAGUGUUAAUAAGUACUGUAAUGUAAUAUGAAACUUUGAGAGGUUUACCAAUUUAUUGUAAGAUGAUAAUAUGAAUACUUCGGUAAGAUAUGCGUGUGCAUAAAUGGUUGAUAAUAUAUUCUUGUAAUAUAUUAUUAUUAUGUUGAUUUUUGAAUACAUAUUUCAAAAAAGUUAUAUUAAUAUUGAUUGAUUUUUAUUGCAUUUGUUCCUGAGUUAAUAAUAUUAGAUUUUAUCGAUAAUUAUGUCUUAUUUAUAAGAUAUCUAUGAGUAAUUAAUGCAUGAGUAAUUUAAUUUUAUUUAGUAUAUGAGUGUAAAUUUAAGGGUGUCGUGGAUGACAUAUCGCAGUAGGAAGAUUCACAUAUUGUAAAUAAUAACAAUCACUUAUUUAUUUGGGAACGAUAUCCGAAGUGGACUUCUGGCAAUGCUGUAUAAGUUAAAUUGUUCACGAACAUAGAAUGUUACGUGCGAUUCAAAAGUCGUCUGUGUCACCCUUAAAUGACACCUGUUCUGUACAAUACUGUCAUUAUUUAUUUAUAGAACUAUGGUUAAGAUGAAAAUGAGAAACAAAAACAUAAUUGUAUUUUGAUUAACCGGAGCUGUGAUUUUUGCUUAUCUGUAUACCUACUUGUCUUUACCAAACAGUGUUACUUUAACGCUAGACAAAGUGGCACUGUACAAUCAUUAAAGUCUUCCAAACAUAAUUAUGUAAUGUAUUUGACUUAAUAAGGAAUACUUAUGAAGUGACUUCAGUGUGACAUAUAUUAAGCUGAGUAUUUAACGAAGUGAUGCAUAGUGCGUUGAGAACCGCACCCGUAGUUGCCUGACAGAUAUAAUCUGGUCACUUUAUAAUUUUGUAUCAGUAUCACACCGUUAAUUGUAAUAGUAAACGUAGCUACCAUAAUUUUUUUACAACAUUUACAGUUUUGUAUUGAAUUUCUUAUAUUUUUACUUUCCUACGUUAGUUUGCUAAUAAAAUGUUUUUAUGAUAUAA